AUGCUGGUGCGCAUCAACACCAUCCUCCAGGGCUACUCCGGCAUCCGCUUCGAGAUCCUGGAGGCCAUCACCAAGCUGCUCAACACCGGGGUCAGCCCGUGCCUGCCACUCCGGGGCACCAUCACCGCGUCGGGCGACCUGGUCCCGCUCUCCUACAUCGCUGGCCUCAUCACGGGCCGCCCCAACGCGCAGGCCACCACCGUCGACGGGAGGAAGGUGGACGCCGCCAAGGCGUUCAAGAUCGCUGGCAUCGAGGGCGGCUUCUUCAAGCUCAACCCCAAGGAAGGUCUCGCCAUCGUCAACGGCACCUCCGUGGGCUCCGCGCUCGCGGCCACCGUGAUGUACGACGCCAACGUCCUCGCCGUCCUGUCCGAGGUCCUGUCCGCCGUCUUCUGCGAGGUCAUGAACGGCAAGCCCGAGUACACCGACCACCUCACCCACAAGCUCAAGCACCACCCGGGGUCCAUCGAGGCCGCCGCCAUCAUGGAGCACAUCCUGGACGGCAGCGCCUUCAUGAAGCAAGCCAAGAAGGUGAACGAGCUAGACCCGCUGCUCAAGCCCAAGCAGGACAGGUACGCGCUCCGCACGUCGCCGCAGUGGCUGGGCCCCCAGAUCGAGGUCAUCCGCGCCGCCACCAAGUCCAUCGAGCGCGAGGUCAACUCCGUCAACGACAACCCGGUCAUCGACGUCCACCGCGGCAAGGCGCUGCACGGCGGCAACUUCCAGGGCACGCCCAUCGGCGUGUCCAUGGACAACGCCCGCCUCGCCAUCGCCAACAUCGGCAAGCUCAUGUUCGCGCAGUUCUCCAAGCUCGUCAACGAGUUCUACAACAACGGGCUCACCUCCAACCUGGCCGGCAGCCGCAACCCCAGCCUGGACUACGGCUUUAAGGGCACGGAGAUCGCCAUGGCCUCCUACUGCUCUGAGCUCCAGUACCUGGGCAACCCUAUCACCAACCACGUCCAGAGCGCGGAGCAGCACAACCAGGACGUCAACUCCCUGGGCCUCGUCUCCGCCAGGAAGACCGCGGAGGCCAUCGACAUCCUGAAGCUCAUGUCGUCCACCUACAUCGUGGCGCUGUGCCAGGCCAUCGACCUGCGCCACCUCGAGGAGAACAUCAAGACGUCGGUGAAGAACACGGUGACCCAGGUGACGAAGAAGGUGCUGACCAUGAACCCCUCUGGCGACCUCUCCAGCGCGUGGUUCAGCGAGAAGGAGCUCAUCACCGCCAUCGACCGCGAGGGCGUGUUCUCGUACGCGGAGGAUCCGGCCAGCGCCAGCCUGCUGCUGAUGCAGAAGCUGCGCGCCGUGCUGGUGGACCACGCCCUCAGCAGCUGCGACGCGGAGCGGGAGCCCUCCGUGUUCUCCAAGAUCACCAAGUUCGAGGAGGAGCUCCGCGCGGUGCUGCCCCGGGAGGUGGAGGCCGCCCGCGUUGCCGUGGCCGAGGGCACCGCCCCCGUGGCGAACCGGAUCACGGACAGCCGGUCGUUCCCGCUGUACCGCUUCGUCGUGGAACGGGGAGAUGAGCUGCUUACCGUGCUCCGGUUCGUCGGGGAAGGAGACCAAGAGCUUGGCGGCGCUCUCGCCGACGCCCCGGCCUGCGGCGAAGGCGGCACCAGCAUAAGCAUUAGUGAGGAUUUAUAUGCUAACUUUUAUCUUUCCAAUGGAUCAGUUCGAUCAAAUUCACGUGCUUCGGGCUCCAGGAAGGAAGAUUCUGUGCCUGUUCGCAGAGGAGGAAACAUUGCACAUGGCCCGGCACAGAUUUUCACUUUCCGGGAGUUGGCUGUCGCUACCAAGAAUUUCAGGAAAGAUUGCCUAUUGGGAGAAGGUGGCUUUGGUCGUGUGUAUAAAGGACGCAUGGAAAAUGGACAGGUCAUUGCUGUGAAGCAACUUGAUAGAAAUGGUUUUCAAGGAAAUCGUGAAUUUCUUGUGGAGGUUCUCAUGCUAAGUCUCUUGCACCAUCCUAAUCUGGUCAGAUUAAUUGGCUAUUGCGCAGAUGGUGACCAGCGCCUCCUAGUUUACGAAUAUAUGUUAUUGGGAUCACUAGAAAAUCAUCUUUUUGACAGUCCACCAGACAAGGAACCUCUUGACUGGAAUACAAGGAUGAAGAUUGCUGCCGGUGCAGCGAAGGGUCUGGAGUAUCUUCAUGAUAAGGCAAAUCCACCAGUCAUAUACAGAGAUUUCAAAUCAUCAAACAUUCUGCUCGGUGAAGACUACUACCCUAAGCUGUCUGAUUUUGGGCUUGCAAAACUUGGUCCAGUUGGUGACAAAACUCAUGUAUCAACACGAGUUAUGGGAACAUAUGGAUAUUGCGCUCCUGAAUAUGCCAUGACAGGACAGUUGACAUUAAAGUCUGAUGUUUACAGCUUUGGUGUUGUGUUCCUUGAACUUAUUACAGGCCGCAAAGCAAUCGAUCACACCCAGCCUUCAGGGGAGCAAAAUCUUGUUGCAUGGGCUCGUCCACUUUUCAGAGACCGAAGGAAGUUCUGCCAACUUGCUGAUCCAUCGCUGCAAGGUCGGUACCCCAAAAGGGGUUUGUACCAGGCUUUAGCUGUUGCAGCUAUGUGUUUGCAGGAGCAAGCAGCAUCUCGACCGCUGAUAGGAGAUGUUGUAACUGCACUAUCUUAUCUAGCUGCACAUCCGUAUGAUCCAAAUGUGCCUUCCACAAAGGAUUCCACGACCUGCCCAUCUACCCCAAGGGCAAAAACACACCGACGGACCACCAGUGUUCCUGAUGCUCAACAUGCUGCUGAGUCGCUUAUGUUGAACUUCCCAGGCUUGAGGAAGGAUACUGUCAGAGGAGGGAAAUUCGAGAAGGAUGGUACUCAAGGUUCUGGCAGCAGCAGUAGCUCUGGAAGGAACGAUGGCCUGGAUGUUCCACAACUUCUGGCUGUUCCUAACAGCAAAGCUUGCGGUGAAGGUGAUAACAUUCAGAAGUCCACUGUUAAGGUUGGUGCCCGUGAGAACUAG